AUGAAGUUUGAUGAAGAUGAACAAGACUACAAGAGAGCAGAUUGGUGGAGGAAAUUUGGAUUCAUGUUUGCGCACAUCAAGUGUGAUGUAUCUGUUCGACAGAAAUGUGGAGCUUAUAAGAGCAGAGGCGUUAAUGUCCUCAGUGAAAUGGAGACUCCUGAUGUGAAUGAUGCUCUGGGACAGCUCCGUGGACACAACAGCCCUCUUCCAACUCUGAGAGGUUAUUUUCUGAAUUUCCUGGAACCCGUAAACAAUAUCACAAUAGUCCAGGGCCAGACAGCGAUUCUGCAUUGCAAGGUGGCAGGCAACCCACCCCCUAAUGUUCGAUGGCUGAAGAACGAUGCUCCAGUCAUGCAGGAGCCCCGGCGGAUCAUUAUCCGGAAGACAGAAUAUGGUUCUCGGCUGAGGAUUCAAGAUCUGGAUACCACGGACACGGGCUACUAUCAGUGUGUGGCCACAAAUGGAGUGAAAACCAUCACAGCCACUGGUGUUCUGUUUGUGAGGCUUGGUCCAACACACAGCCCUAAUCAUAAUUUUCAGGACGACUAUCAUGAGGAUGGAUUCUGCCAGCCUUACCGGGGCAUUGCCUGUGCGCGCUUCAUUGGGAACCGGACCAUUUACGUGGACUCCCUCCAGAUGCAGGGGGAGAUUGAGAACCGAAUCACAGCCGCGUUCACCAUGAUUGGCACCUCCACGCAUCUGUCGGACCAGUGCUCCCAGUUCGCCAUCCCGUCUUUCUGCCAUUUUGUGUUCCCGCUGUGUGAUGAGCGGUCUCGAGCGCCAAAGCCCCGCGAGCUAUGCCGUGACGAAUGCGAGGUGCUGGAGAGCGACCUGUGUCGUCAGGAGUACACCAUCGCCCGCUCCAACCCGCUCAUCCUAAUGCAGCUGCAGCUGCCCAAGUGCGAGGCGCUGCCUUUGCCUGAGAGCCCAGAGGCAGCCAACUGCAUGCGCAUCGGAAUUCCAGCGGAGAGGCUCGGCCGCCACCACCAGUGCUACAACGGCUCAGGCACAGAUUACAGAGGGACUGCCAGUACUACCAAGUCAGGGCACCAGUGCCAGGCAUGGGUCCUGCAGCAGCCUCACAGCCAUCACUUGUCCAGCACUGACUUCCCUGAGCUCAGAGGGGGCCACGCCUACUGCCGGAACCCCGGUGGCCAGAUGGAAGGCCCCUGGUGCUUUACGCAGAACAAAAACGUACGCAUGGAACUGUGUGACAUUCCCUCAUGUAGUCCCCGAGACAGCAGCAAAAUGGGAAUUCUCUACAUAUUAGUUCCCAGCAUUGCGAUACCUUUGGUUAUUGCUUGCCUUUUCUUCUUGGUCUGCAUUUGCCGGAAUAAGCAGAAGUCUUCAGCAUCUACACCACAGCGAAGGCAGCUGAUGGCAUCUCCUAGCCAAGACAUGGAGAUGCCUCUCAUUAACCAGCACAAACAGACCAAGCUCAAAGAGAUCAGCCUGUCCACGGUAAGGUUCAUGGAGGAGCUGGGGGAAGACCGAUUUGGGAAAGUAUACAAAGGCCACCUCUUUGGCUCCACACCAGGGGAACAGACCCAGGCUGUGGCCAUCAAAACACUCAAGGACAAAGCAGAGGUACCCCUCCGGGAAGAGUUCAAACAUGAGGCUAUAAUGCGUUCGAGACUCCAGCACCCCAAUAUUGUCUGCCUACUGGGGAUAGUGACCAAAGACCAGCCCAUCAGCCUGAUCUUUAGCUACUGCACCCACGGUGACCUACAUGAGUUUCUGGUCAUGCGCUCACCACACUCAGAUGUGGGCAGCACUGACAACGACCGGACUGUGAAAUCUGUCCUGGAGCCCCCUGACUUCAUCCAUGUCAUUGCACAGAUUGCUGCAGGGAUGGAGUACCUGGCCAGCCACCACGUGGUGCACAAGGACCUAGCCACCCGCAAUGUCCUCAUGUUUGAUAAGCUGAGCGUGAAAAUCUCAGACCUGGGCCUCUUCCGCGAAGUGUAUUCAGCCGAUUAUUACAAGCUGUUGGGAAAUUCACUCCUGCCCAUCCGCUGGAUGUCCCCAGAGGCCAUCAUGUAUGGCAAGUUUUCCAUUGACUCAGAUAUCUGGUCCUACGGUGUGGUCUUGUGGGAGAUCUUCAGCUAUGGCCUGCAGCCCUACUGUGGCUACUCCAAUCAGGACGUUGUAGAGAUGAUCCGCAACCGCCAGGUACUGCCCUGCCCAGAUGACUGCCCUGCCUGGGUGUACGCCCUGAUGAUCGAGUGCUGGAAUGAGUUUCCCAACCGGCGGCCCCGGUUCAAGGAUAUCCACAGCAGGCUCCGAACCUGGGGAAACAUCUCCAAUUACAACAGCUCAGCACAGACUUCAGGCGCCAGCAACACCACACAGACGAGCUCCCUCAGCACCAGCCCUGUGAGCAACGUGAGCAACGCUCGCUACAUGGGGCCCAAGCAAAAGGCCCAGCCCUUCCCACAGCCUCAGUUCAUUCCCAUGAAGGGCCAAAUCAGACCCCUGGUCCCUCCACCCCAGCUCUACAUCCCUGUCAAUGGGUACCAGCCGAUGCCAGCCUAUGGAGCCUACCUGCCCAACUUCUAUCCUGUACAGAUCCCAAUGCAAAUGGCCCCUCAGCAGGUCCCUGCCCAAAUGGUCCCCAAACCAGGCUCCCAUCACAGCGGCAGUGGCUCCACCAGCACAGGCUAUGUCACUACAGCACCCUCCAACACUUCAGUGGCUGACAGGGCGGCCCUACUCUCUGAGAGCACUGAAGAUGCUCAGAACACUCCAGAAGAUGUGGCCCAGAAUCCUGUGCCAGAAGCAGAGGAGGAAGAAGACUCCGUCCCAGAGACAGAGUUGCUGGGAGACAAUGACACCCUACAGAUGGAGGAGGCCGAGGUCCAGCUGGAAGCCUGA